AUGGAUGAACUGAAAUGGGAUGCUAUACGCAACGGGGAUCUGGAGACCCUCAAGAGCGUUGUUUUGUCAAGCUCGACUGCUCGCCGCGCGCGUGCCCUCCACUCGAUCCGCGAAAAGAACGGGGACGUCCUGUCAGAAGAGAACAGUAAACCUAUCCUGGACCUCCUCAUCCAAACAUAUCCACUAUACAUCGACCGAAUCUCUCGAUUAGCCGUUCAGCAAUGCCUUCGCACGAUCCUGAAAUCCAUAACCGAGCCGGACGCGAAGUACUUAGCCGCAAGACUACAGAAGGAAUGUGCGAAACCUACUCUAUCAGCCGCAUCUGCCUUCGUGCUCGUUGAGUGGUGCUGCAUCCUUCUCCAACACCUCAGCAGUAUCGAUGCUCCUAUCGGUGCAGUUUUAGAUGUUAUAUCUGCCAAUGCGAACGUCUUAGAAUUGUGUCUGGGAGAGACAUCGAAACCAACCGUGCGACAAUCCGCCCUGCGAAUAACUCGUCGUGCGCUGAGGGCUAUUUUUACGUCCCAAAGUUUGGGCGGGGAGGCGAUACGCGAAUCAGUUUCAAAGCUCACCACGGGCACUUUGGCCCAGAAAAACGCACCUUUUAUUGGCGUAAUUUCCGGAGUUUGUGCACGUCUUGUGGCACGAAAGGAGGUUUUAGCUGGGUUAAAGAAGCCGAUAUUGGCUUACUAUACAAAGGAGAUACUGGGUUCGCGAAGUCAAGUGCCACCGCAUAUAGCAAAUGGGUUAUCGGACUUUUUUGCAUCAUUCGUCACCUAUGACGAUGUAGUCGCCGAUAUUGUACCAACGCUAGAGAAAUCUAUUUUGAGGUCCCCGGAGAUUAUACUCAACGGCAUAAUCCCGCCUCUUUGCUCGUCACUUCCUGUGGAAAUCGAUCUUUCCGAGCCCGUCAAUGCUCGUCUAUCAAAGCCUCUUUUGUCCAGUCUUAAGUCCACGAAUGCCAUCAUUAGACAAGGUGCUACACAGUCGUUCCAAGCUCUGAUACUCAAAUGCAAGACCGAAGACCCUCUGCUGAAGGUGGCCAACGAGAUCAUAGGGCCAUUGAAGUCUGGGAAGAUCUCGAAUGCCGAUCAACAAGCAGUCACGCAUUUGGUUACAGUGGGUGCUAAGGAGUCAAGCGAAAUUGCCCUCGUAUCAGAAGUCAAAGCCAUAUGCAAACAUCUGGCCUAUCUCAUCAAUUCCGAAAUAUCUGUCAAAGAUGAAACGAUCACGGCUAUUGCAAAGGCAUCCGCAGAUAAACGUGUACCUUUUCGUAAAUUGUGGCAGCUGCAGAUUGCGGAUUUAUUUUGGAACACCGAUCUAGGGAAGUUGACUAGCUCAUCGAGCCAAAAAUUGAUUGAUGCUGUCCUUACGAAAUUGAAGGAUUCGUUCACAGAGUCUGUCGCCAAUCCUCUUCCAUCUGCGCAGAGUGGUCUGGUUUCUGCCGCUUAUGGUUACGUUUCACUGUGCGGUUUAUUAAAAGACUCGCAGGCGACCGCAAAAUCAGAAUGGAAGACUAUCGUUCAGCAAUCAGUUUCACUGACACCUAAGCCGUCAUUCUUAUUGAACCCGAAGGUCUAUAGCAAGUUGACCACAGACGAGGAUUUUCGAUGGAAAGUGAGGGCACUUACCACAGUUGCAAAUAAUUCUACACUACGUACUUAUGAUGCGGCAAGUCAAGGGGCUUGGGGUCAAGCGUUUAUUUUCACAAUCGCUAGUCCGAGCGUCCCUCGAAACAUUAAAGACGAGGCAUGCCAGGCUCUGACAAAGGUUUACCUGGAAGAUGCUACGACAGCCGCAAAUGUUAUUGUCAAUGCAUUAUGGUCUUGGGUGUUCGCUCUGUCUGUUGCUGACAAGGAAUCUGGUGCAGUAGCUGCAGGUCAGGGAAGCCAGGAUUUACUUCACUUCGUAGUGAAAGCCAUAUGUCCCAGCGCAUCCGGUUCACAGCCAUUCUCAGAUGAUGUUCAAAUUGCGCUGAAAGAUCAGAUGAUCAAACUCCUUAUUCUUUGUCGCCAAGAACUGAUACCCAAGGCAUCCUGGAUUGACCUUUGCUUAAAGAUAGGCCUAGAUCCUGGGAAACUUGUAUCCGAUCAACCUGAAGACUCUAUUCAACAACUCAUACAGGUAUCGGAAGACCCUGUGCAGUCAAAGAUCCCACAAGCAGCUGAUGCUGUUGGAAGCGCAGCAGCAGAUCUAGCUUUCGUUGCCCCGGACGCGAUGAUACCACGUAUCGUCAAGGUAAUUAGUGAGGACCUGGCAAGUGAUCGUAUCGCCAAAUUUACCCCUACCGAUGCUGCAAUCACUCGCACACCAGAAGGGACUACUUUCGUGGAUGUACUCAACACAAAGGCUGCUCAACCGCUGUCAAAUAAGAAUAUCAAGGACUACGACACUUUGAAAUGGGAAGAGGAGCUCCGAGCACAGAUAGCACAAAAGACGGGACAAACAAAGAAAAAGCUAACGGCAGACGAACAACAAAAGGUCAAGGCACAGUUGGAGAAAGAAGCUAAAAUCCGGAAAACUGUGCUCUCUGAAAUCAAGAGGAUUGAACGAGGCUGCGUAAUCGUUCGCGGGCUGGCCACAGGACCACCAACUGACACCGACGGGUGGAUAAACACCGCAGUUACAACUCUUCUUUCUCUAGCUCGUCUUAAUGCCGGCCUAUUUGUGGGUGAUGCUGUUUCAAGAGCGUAUAUUGCUUGCGCGGAAAAGCUCUCUUCGAGACUUGGCCUACUACGACCGUUUAUCGGAGUCGCGACCCUUCGAGCAAUUGGCAAUACUAAUUUGUCCCCUGACUUAGAAGCCGAACCACUAGGAGAUCUCGUCACAAGGAUUCUAUACAGACUACGCUUCACAUCCGAACAAUUACCCUUCGAGCCAACUUCACUCGCCUACCUUUUGCCAUUGGCUGGKUUWGUAUUGAGUCGAGAUGGCAUCGAAGAGCAAAAAGGAGAGGAUGGCGGCGAACAAGUUCUAUUGACACUAGAAUUCCUGUCUUUUCACUCUUCUUCCUUUUCCGACACUAGGCUGCCCCGUCGUGAGGUCCUACAGCAUCUCAUUACGUCGCUGCACAAGUACUCGCAGCAUUAUAAAUUAGUCAAGGAUACGCUGCUCGAUCUGUGCAGAUGUAUCUCCCAGAAUAUUUCAACGGAGGAACUCGAAGUUCUCUUUGAGGGUACGAUUGCUCCGGAUGUUUCAGUACGGACUGCGGUUCUUCAAGCAAUUGAAGCUGAGAUCGAUUUAACAGACCUGGAUUUCUCCGAGCAUAUCUGGCUGUGCUACCACGAUCAGGUGGAGGAGAAUGCAGAGAUCGCGGAAGCUAUCUGGGAGGACAAUGCCCUUGAUGUUGACGAAACGUCGUAUCUGAAGAUUCUCAAGUAUCUGGAUGUUAAGGACGGUCAGCUUCGAGGUGCCGCGGCUCGAGCUCUUGCACAUUCUGUCGAGCUAAAUCCCUCAACAUUCGACGUUGUCCUUUCUGGCUUGCAGUCUAGAUACUCGGACGAAGUCAAGCCAAAGGCUCCCGGCAAAGACAAAUAUGGAAUGCCCUUGAAAGCCGACGUAACGGACGUUUGGGAAAUCAGAAGUGGUAUCGCUUUGACCUUCAAAGCGAUGACAAAACUUUUUGAGAAAGAUCAGAUUGUGUCAUUCAUGAAAUUCCUGAUAGACAAUGGUCCCUUGGUUGACAAAAACGCCCUGGUCAGAGAGCAAAUGGCAGAUAGUGGCAGAUUGAUCAUUGAGCAGCGAGGACAAGAUAAGGUCGAGGAACUAAUGACCUUGUUCGAAAAGACACUCGAAACUUCCGACAAGGCCACUGAAAGCUCUGACUGGCUCAAUGAGUCCGUCAUCGUACUUUAUGGAUCCUUAGCAAGACAUCUAAAAUCCAAAGACUCGCGAUUGGAUACAGUUAUCAAGAAAUUACUUGCCGCUCUUCCCACGCCAUCGGAGAUGGUUCAAUCGGCGGUGGCUGGGUGUCUUCCUCCCUUGAUUAGAUUGUCCGGCCCCGCUGAAACCGAGGGCUACGUCAGCCAGCUGCUAGACCAACUUGUUCAGUCCAAAAAGUAUGCAUCGCGACGUGGGGCAGCGUAUGGACUCGCUGGUAUCGUUCAGGGUAGAGGUGUUGCAGCCCUCCGAAAGUACCGUAUCAUGUCGUCUCUCACAGAUGCACUCGACAAUAAGAAAGACCCGAACCAACGUCAAGGAGCUCUUUUGGCUUAUGAGCUCUUCUCUGCUGUGCUUGGAAGAGUCUUUGAACCCUAUGUGAUUCAAAUCGUGCCCCAUUUGCUGACAAGCUUUGGCGAUCCUAGUAUCGACGUGAGAGACGCCUGUCUCGACGCCUCUAAAACCUGCGUUGCAAGUUUGAGUUCCUAUGGUGUGAAGCAGAUUCUUCCGACACUUCUUGAAGGUCUUGAUGACACACAAUGGCGUAGUAAAAAGGGAGCUUGUGAUCUUCUAGGUGCUAUGGCAUAUCUUGAUCCUCAGCAAUUGGCCAUCAGUUUGCCAGAUAUCAUUCCUCCACUCACUGUUGUACUGAAUGACAGCCACAAAGAGGUUCGCAACGCGGCCAAUCGCAGUUUGCAGCGUUUCGGUGAGGUCAUCAGCAACCCCGAAGUGAAAAGCCUGGUUGGAAUCCUUCUCAAAGCUCUUAGCGAUCCCACGAAAUACACGGACGAAGCAUUGGACUCGCUUAUCAAAGUGUCAUUCGUCCAUUACCUUGAUGCCCCUUCGCUUGCUCUUGUUGUUCGUAUAUUGGAGCGUGGACUCAGCGAUCGAUCAAACACAAAACGCAAAGCUGCUCAAAUUAUCGGCAGUCUUGCCCAUUUGACCGAGAGAAAGGAUCUUAUUUCUCAUUUGCCCAUUUUGGUCGCUGGCUUGCGUCUGGCAAUUGUGGAUCCCGUUCCUACUACACGAGCCACCGCUUCCAAGGCUCUCGGAUCUCUCAUUGAGAAAUUGGGAGAAGAUGCCCUUCCAGACCUUAUCCCGAGUCUCAUGUCCACCCUCAAGUCGGACACUGGAGCCGGCGACCGACUGGGAUCUGCUCAAGCUCUUUCGGAAGUUCUCGCUGGUCUCGGAACAACGCGUCUCGAGGAAACCUUGCCCACUAUUUUACAAAAUGUUUCCAGUUCCAAGCCAUCUGUCAGAGAAGGUUUCAUGUCAUUGUUCAUUUUCUUGCCGGCUUGCUUCGGCAACAGCUUCGCUGCUUAUCUCAACAAGAUCAUUCCACCGAUUUUGGCGGGUUUGGCUGACGAUAUUGAAGCAAUCCGUGAGACGUCUUUGCGAGCAGGUCGUCUCUUGGUCAAGAACUUCUCUUCCAAAGCCAUUGAUCUCCUUUUGCCUGAAUUAGAGCGCGGCUUGGCCGACGACAGUCACAGAAUUAGAUUGAGUUCAGUCGAACUUGUUGGAGACCUUCUUUUCAAUCUUACUGGUAUCACCAACAAGGUCGAUGCUGAGGAACAAGAAGAAGGUGCAGCCCAGGCUGGCCAAUCUUUGCUCGCAAUUCUCGGGGAAGAGAAACGAAACAAAGUGUUAUCUGCUCUCUAUAUUUGCCGCUGCGAUACAUCUGGCUUGGUAAGAAGUGCAGCUAUCACAGUCUGGAAAGCUCUUGUGGCUACGCCUAGAACACUUAAGGAAUUGGUGCCAACUCUCACACAACUCCUCAUUCGCCGUCUUGGAUCAUCCAACAUGGAACAGAAGGUUAUUGCAGGCAACGCACUGGGAGACCUCAUCAAGAAAGCUGGUGAAAGCGUCCUGGCUACUUUGUUGCCUUCACUUGAGGAUGGACUCAGAACAUCAACCGAUGUGGAUGCCAGACAAGGUAUCUGUAUUGCACUUCGGGAAUUGAUUACCUCGGCGUCGCCAGAGGCCUUGGAAGACUAUGAGAAAGUCCUCAUCUCCAUUGUGCGGGUUGCCCUGGUUGACAGCGACGCGGAGGUUAGAGAGGCUGCAGCUGAAGCAUUCGAUGCCUUGCAACGCAUUCUAGGCAAGAAGGCAGUCGAUCAAGUACUGCCAUAUCUUCUGUCUCUUCUCAGGAAUGAGGAAGAUGCAGAGCAAGCUCUAUCUGCUCUGUUGACUCUGCUUACCGAAACCACACGUUCGAGCAUUAUUCUUCCUAAUCUAAUCCCCACGCUGAUUACAUCUCCAAUCACUGUCUUCAAUGCAAGGGCACUCGCAUCUCUGGCAGAAGUUGCUAGUUCCGCCAUGAACCGUCGUCUACCCGCAAUACUCAAUGCCCUCAUGGAUGAAAUGAUAUCAACUAAGGACGAGGAACUCCGAUCAGAACUUAGCACCUCUUUCGAUACCAUCCUCGUCUCUGUUGAUGAAUACGAUGGUUUGAACGUUGCUAUGAACGCCAUGAUGACAUUAAUGAAACAUGACGAUCACCGCCGGCGAGCAAAUGCUGCUGAACGCUUGGCUAAAUUCUUCUCCGAUGCUGAGAUUGAUUAUUCAAGAUAUCACCAAGACCUGAUUCGCGUGUUCCUCAUUUCGUUUGAUGACAGAGACAAGAAUGUUGUCAAGGCUGCCUGGUCUGCACUUAGCCAAUUGACAUCACACAUGCGCAAAGAAGAAAUGGAACUAUUGGUGGUUUCUACACGGCAGACCCUGCGGCAAGUUGGUGUCUCUGGAGCUCCUCUUCCAGGUUUCAGUUUGCCCAAGGGUAUCAUGGCAAUUUUCCCUAUCUUUCUCCAAGGUUUACUCAAUGGAAAUACCGAGCAGCGAACGCAAGCUGCAUUGGCUUUUGCAGAUAUCAUUGACAGAACUGCAGCGGAUUCUCUCAAACCAUUCGUCACUCAAAUCACCGGUCCUCUUAUUCGUGUUGUUUCUGAGAGAUCUGUGGAUAUCAAAGCAGCAGUCUUCUAUGCUCUCAACAAGCUUCUAGAGAAGAUACCACUAGCUGUCAAACCUUUCUUGCCCCAGCUUCAACGCACUUUUGCCAGAGGUUUGGCAGACACCACCAGCGAAACUCUACGAAAUCGGGCGGCCAAGGGUCUGGGUAUAUUGAUUACUCUUACGCCUCGUGUGGAUCCUCUUGUUGCGGAAUUGGUUACCGGCUCCAAGACAGAUGAUGACGGAGUCAAGAACGCCAUGAUGAAGGCACUUCUUGAGGUCGUGGACAAGGCAGGUGGUAGCAUGAGCGAGGCAUCAAGGAACGCAGUACUCGCUCUUAUAGAUGACGACAGUAGCGACCGUACAGAUGCAAUGGCCAUGACCAACGCCAAAUUGCUCGGUGCACUGGUGAAGAGCCUACCCGCGGCCACAGCUAUACCAUUGAUUAAAUCUCGGGUGUUGACUACAAACUUCUCUCAUGCUUCUAUUCUGGGCUUGAACGCUCUUCUUGUGGAGGCUCCAAAGAUGCUGCUAGAGAAUUUCGCGACCGAGACGCCGUCAUUGAUCUGCCAGGGAGUGUCAAACUCGGAUCCCUACGUAUCCGAUAACAGCGUCCUGGCAGCAGGAAAAUACAUUCUUGCUGAAAGCGAGAAUAAAAACUUCGAGUCAACAAAAACUGUCUUCGAUAGCCUUGCAUCAGUGAUACCCUCCGGCCAUCCAGCAGAUACUAGACGUCUCGCUCUUGUUGUCUUGCGCACCAUAAGCCGUCUCCAUCCCGAGUAUACCAGGCCACACCUCGCACAACUCGUGCCGCCAAUUUUCAGCAGCGUUCGUGACCCAGUUAUCCCUGUGAAGUUGGCCGCUGAAGCUGCUUUCCUUGCGAUCUUUGACGUGGUGGAGUCCGAGAGCGCUGUUUUCGACAAAUAUAUGGCUGGACCGGGUGCGGAACUACCUGCGGGCCCGAAACGAAGCAUCUCGGACUAUUUCAAGCGUGUUGCACUUCGACUAGCUACUCAGGCUCGCGAAAGACGAGAAGCAGAGGGCGGCCAGGGUGGUUUAGGACUUUCUAACGAUGAGGUCGAGGAUGAACGGGAACUAUGGAGUAUAGGAAGGGUUGACUUGGGCCAGGACAGUUUUGGGGUUGAGUGA